CCCAUCUGGAACUCGACAAAACAGAAUCAUGGAGUUCCUCGCCGCUCUAACAAUCCACGCACUUCGAUCAUGAUCGCUCUACUUGUUCAACUAUGCCUCGUCCAUCCUGUCGUCUCUUCCGCCUACCGACCAGCCGUCCGCGCCGCCACCGUUUACUCACCAUGUUCCUAGCUCUCUUCACAAUCCUGACAUUUAUAACUCCCUUCUACAUCAUCUAUAAACCGCCACACCUGCUCAUCCGGUACUUCCAACGCCGUUGGCCAGAUGUUCUAUGGCACGUGCCCACGCACGAGAAGGUUGUCGCGUUGACCAUCGAUGACGCCCCAUCAACGCACACGCAGGACAUUAUCCAAGUGCUAAAAGAGAAUAACGCGACCGCAACUUUCUUUGUUAUAGGCAGCCAGGUGCGCGGACGAGAAGAUGCCCUAGAAGAUGUAGUAAGAGCAGGACACGAACUGGGUAAUCAUGCUAUGCACGAUGAACCGUCACGGUCUCUGCGUCCUGAGACGCUGGCUUUGGAACUGCGCGAGGUCGAAGGAUACAUCAACGGCACCUAUACGAAGUUGGAUUUACCACGUCCUCGGCGGCGAUAUUUUCGCCCCGGUUCUGGAUUCUUCAGUACGCGGAUGCGGUUGCAGAUUCAAGAGCUGGGCUAUCGACUCGUGUUGGGCAGUGUGUAUCCGCAUGACCCGCAGAUUUCGUAUCCAGAGGUGAAUGCACGGCAUAUUUUAAGUAUGGUGCGCCCGGGGAGCAUCAUUAUAUGCCACGAUCGCCGAAGCUGGACAGUGCCGAUGUUGAAGAAAGUGCUACCGGAGCUGAGAAGGAGAGGUUAUAGAGUUACAACCGUGACUGGAUUGCUGGAUGCUGCCGCGAAGAACAAGGCGAGAUGAGGCUUGCAGAUGCUUUAAGUUGUUCUGGAUGGGAUGUUGUCCGUACCUUAUAGCACAUGUUUCGCUUGUAAUACGACGAAGAUUCGUAAAUAUUGAACGCGGCGUUAGGAUACACUUCAUAUACCCUCGAACGCGAAGAAAUCAAAAGUAUCAUAUCGAACAUUCAUUCCAUUUCGCUACCAUCUAUACAUCUAAAGUGCCUUCCUCAACGCACUCCUAAACGGGAUAAUCUGAAUCUUGCUAAUAUCCCACACACCACUCUCGACAUAGACGUCCUUCUUCACCCGCUCUACGACUUCCUCUCUUGUCUUCGCGCCGAUAAGCAUAGCCGAGCCCUUCAUCUUGGGGGGAUUCGUGUCGCCGGGUUGGAUGGGCUCUUCGAGCAUAGCGCCUAUUGUUAUGUAUGCGUUAGCCACUACUAG